AUGUCUGCUGCCAGCUGUCUUCUAUCGAAAGAUCGGUUUCUGUGCUCCAUCUGUCUGGAUGUCUUCACUGAUCCAGUCUCCACACCAUGUGGACACAACUUCUGCAAAAGCUGCAUCAGUCAACACUGGGAUAUCAGUGACAGGUGUCAGUGUCCUUUGUGUAAAAAGGUCUUUCAGACCAGACCUGAGCUGCACAUCAACACUUUCAUAUCUGACAUGGUUUCUCAGUUCAGACAUGAAGCUCAGCAGAAAGUCAGCAGCAGCAGCUCAGAGCAACAAGCUGCCAAACCAGGAGAAGUUCUCUGUGACAUCUGCACUGGAACCAAACUGAAGGCUCUGAAGUCCUGCCUGGUGUGUCUGGCCUCCUACUGUCAGACUCACCUGGAGCCUCAUCUGACAAUGAAAGGUUUGAAAAGACAUCAGCUGAUUGAUCCUGAGGAGAACCUGGAAAGCAGGAUGUGUAUGAAGCAUGAUAAACCUCUGGAGCUGUUCUGUAAGACCGAUCAGACAUGUGUCUGCAUGCUCUGCUGUGUUUUUGACCACAAGACUCAUGAGUUUGUUCCUCUGAGAGAAGAAUAUGAAGUAAAGAAGGCAGAGCUGGUCAAGACUGAAGCUGAAAUUCAACAGAUGAUCAUAAAGAGACUACUUAAGAUUCGAAAGAUCAAAAAGUCAGUGAAGAUGAGUAAAGAUGCUGCAGACAGAAAGAAAGCAGAAGGUGUUCAGGUCUUCACUGCUCUGAAGGAGUCUGUUGACAAACGUAUGAAUGAGUUCAUAAAGGAGAUCGAAGACAAACAAGAAUCAACAAAGAAACAGGCUGAAGGUUUCAUCACAGAUCUGGAACAGGAAAUUUCUGAGUUGAUGAAGAGAAGCUCUGAGGUGGAGCAGCUCUCACGCUCUAAAGAUCACCUCCAUCUCCUCCAAAGCUUCUCAUCCCUGAAAGCUGCUCCAACCACCAAGGACUGGACAGAGGUCAGUAUCCAUCCACCAUCAUAUGAGGGGACUGUGGUGAGAGCUGGGGUGAGAGCUGUUAGUCAACUGAAGGAGACACUCAAUAAAGAAAUGAAGAAGUUGUUUGAAGCUGAGUUGAAGAGGGUCCAGCAGUAUGCAGUGGAUGUGACUCUUGAUCCUGAUACAGCACAUCCUAAACUCAUCCUGUCUGAUGAUGGGAAACAAGUACACUGUGGUGAAGAGGAGAAUGAUCUUCCAGACAACCCAGAGAGAUUUUCUGAAUUUCUCAUUGUUUUAGGAAAGCAGAGUUUGUCAUCAGGCAGAUUUUACUUUGAAGUUCAAGUAAAAUACAAGACGAAAUUGAUGUUAGGAGUGGUCACAGAGUCAGUCAACAGGAAGGAAAAAUUCAUGGUUGAACUGAACCGAACGAAAGGUUACUGGAUUGUAGGAGUAUAUAAAAAUAAUUAUAUAGCUCUGGAGGGUCUUCCAGUCUGUCUCUCCCUUCAGUCAGAUCCUGAGAAGGUGGGGGUGUUUGUGGAUUAUGAGGAGGGUCUGGUCUCCUUUCAUGAUGUAGAUGAUGCAGCUCUUAUCUACUCCUUUACUGGCUGCUCCUUCACCGGGAAACUCUACCCAUUCUUCUGUCCCUGGAAUGUUGAUGAUGAUGGUAAAAACUCUGCACCUCUGAUCAUCUGUCCUGUGAUGAUAGGUGAUGGUGAUGGUGAUGAGGAUGAUGAUGAUGACCAUGAUAAUUGA